AUGGGGUACGUCCUCCCCAUCACCACGACAGGCGUUACAAGGCGUAAAGCUGACGGAUCGGAGGAGUCUUUCCUCAAUGACCUGGACACCGAGUUGUUGCAUGUGGUGCACGUGAGGCUACCAAAGUGGGUGGAACUAGAGAAAUGGCCUGAUUCCGCUGGCCACUUCAUCGACGUCAAGAUCAUUACGCCGUUGGAAAGCACUUAUGUGGGAAUAUGCGCGGAUAGCACAUUGCCAGCAGUAGGGGUAUCCAUAUCAGCAAGUCUCUUCCCUGCGUCUUUUCACAAUCAGAGCUGCGCUACAAAGGAGUCUGAAGUUUCACGGGACGUGUAA